AUGAUGAGGUUCAAAGCUCUCUGUUUGGGGCUGCUUUGUGGUCUUCUUGCUGCUCAUAUUUACAUGCCCAUACCAAGCAACAUAGAAGAGCACUGGAAAGUGAUGGUCUUGGAUGCAACUGCUAAAAUAUGUACAUUUAUGGGUACAUGUUUUGAAAAUAUAGGUAUCAUGAAAUAUGAAGAGUUUAUUUCUAUGAUAAUCAGGCUGGAUUAUACCCAGCUGCUUUCAGAUGAAUAUGUCACAGUGACAGAUACAACUUUUGCUGACGUUCCAGUACGUCUGUACUUGCCAAAAAGGAAGUCAGAAACCCCAAGACGAGCUGUAAUCUAUAUUCAUGGUGGUGCUUACUGUUUUGGAAGUUUCAAGCAGUCGGGUUAUGACUUUCUCAACAGAUGGACAGCAAACAAACUUGAUGCUGUUGUUGUGGGAGUGGACUAUAGACUAGGUCCCCAACACCGCUUUCCGGCUCAGUUUGAAGAUACCAUCGCUGCAGUCAAGUUCUUUUUUCAGGAUAAAAUUCUUACAAAAUACGGAGUGGAUCCCACCCGAGUAUGCAUUUCAGGAGACAGCGCUGGCGGCAUGCUAGCAACAGCGGUGACGCAACAGGUGCAGAAUGGUCUUGAAAUAAAACAUAAAAUCAAGGCACAAGCUCUAUUUUACCCUUCCUUACAGAUAAUUGAUUCUUAUGUGCCAUCUCUCAGAGAAAGUGAGAAUGGUAUAAUUUUAACAAGGGAGGUAGCCAUAAAACUCUUGAGUUUAUACAUCGCUGAGGAUGAAACAUUGCCCCAGGCAAUGAGAAGAAACCAAUAUAUGCCUCUGGAAUCAAGGCAUUUGUUCAAGUUUGUUAACUGGAGCAUUCUCUUACCUGAGAAGUACAGAAAGGACCAUGUUUAUACUGAACCAAGUCUUGGAACAACUAAUUUUUCAUUGCCAAUAUUUAUGGAUGUCAGAGCAUCACCCUUGCUGGCCAGUGAUUCCCAGCUACGGAAUUUGCCAUUAACCUAUAUUAUUACCUGUCAGUAUGAUAUUUUGAGAGAUGAUGGACUUAUGUAUGUGUCAAGACUUCAGAAUGUUGGAGUUCAAGUUGUUCAUGAACAUAUUGAGGAUGGAUUCCAUGGAGCUUUAUCAUAUAUGACAUCACCCCUGUAUUUACAUUUAGGUCUCAGGAUAAGAGAUAUGUAUAUUAGUUGGCUGGAUAAUAAUUUAUAA